AUGGAGACUCCUCCUUCUCAAAGGCGCUGUCCUGGGGGUCAUUUUUUUGAGGCUUCCGACCCCCACCCUUACUGUCCUGGCUGUCGGUCUUGCUCUCUGGAGCAGCCGUGUGAAAUUUGCCGUGCCUGGCAGCCGACUCCUGCCGGUGGUUCUCCCCGCCCGCGAGGGCGUGCAGGUAAGUCGGGUAGAAGGGGUAGGGGUGGGGCGAGGGCUAAGGCUAGGCCUAAGCCCUCGGAGAACACCAGCGGAAUUCCGACCUCUGUUGAGUCUUCCCUGGGGUUCGUUUGGGCGGUUUCGACCCGUACCANCGGUGAGGCACCUUCCAGGUCGUCUGAAUGUUCUGGCCGACACUCUGUCUCGGUCUCGGAGCCCGGUUCUCACCGAAUGGACCCUCAAGCGUUCGGUGUUCCGGUCUCUUUGCCUGGUUUGGGACAGACCCCAUGUGGAUCUGUUCGCCACGGCCCUGAACUUUCGACUCCCUACAUUUGUGUCUCCGGUUCCAGACCCUAUGGCCAUGGCGGUGGAUGCUCUAUCCCAGGACUGGUCGGGAAUGUACGCGUAUGCGUUUCCUCCCUUCAAUCUGGUGGGCAGGGUGUUGGAAAAGAUCCUUCUACACCCUUGUACUGUGUUGCUGGUUGCACCGCUCUGGCCUCGACAACCUUGGUUUCCUCUGUUGCUUCGGCUGUCGGUGGACUUCCCACGCAGCAUCCCACCCCUGUGGGAUCUGCUGUCUCAACCGAGGUCCCGACAGUUCUACUCGGGACCGGAACGGCUCCACCUUCACGGUUGGAUGCUAUCUCGGGAAGGCUCACUCAGACGGGCUUUUCUCGAGAAGUUGCAACUCGCAUCGCAGGAUCACUUAGACCUUCGUCUUCCGCCGUCUACCAAUCUCGAUGGUCCGCAUUCGGUGAUUGGUGUGUCGGACGGUCGAUUGAUCCAGUCUCUGCCUCUGUUCCCGUUGUAGCUGACUUUCUUUUGUCUCUGUUCAGGGACAAAGGUCUGUCUCCGGGAACUAUUGCAGGCUAUCGUUCAGCCAUUGCUAGUGUGCUGGCUUUCUAUGGUAGCAAGUCAGUGGGCUCGGACGCUUCAUUGUCGGCUCUCAUUAGGGGCUUCUACAUUGAGAAGCCUCGUUCACGGCAAUUGGUCCCUAGGUGGAAUUUAGCACUUGUGCUAGAUUCCUUGUUAAGGGCGCCAUUCGAGCCCCUCCAGUCGACAGAUCGGAAGUUUCUUACUUUCAAGACUGUGUUCUUGAUAGCCUUUGCUUCCGGUCGCCGCAGAAGCGAGAUUCAUGCUUUCAGCAGAUCUUCUUCUUGCCUUCGUUUUUCGGCUGGCCAUUCUUCGGUCUCGGUGACCACUGAUCCCUCCUUUUUAGCUAAGAACCAGGUUCCCGGUUUCACCCCAGGGCUUGUGGUUAUCCCUUCUUUGGCUUCAACUCUGGAUGGGGAUUGUCCUGAUCGCCUGCUCUGCCCAGUUCGGGCCUUGCGUUACUACUUGGCCAGAACAGAGGGGGGGGCGGGACACUCGUCUCGGCUGUUCCAGUCUCUCCAGCCCGGUCGCUCUGAUAUCUCUGCAGCGACCAUCUCACGCUGGAUUGUUCAGACUGUUCGAGCUGCGUAUGAGUCGGCAGGGGAUCAGUCCUUGCGGGUGUCAGGGGUUAGGGCUCAUGAGGUUCGCGCUUUAGCUACUUCGUGGGCCUUAUUUAAUGGUUCUUCUUACGCUGAGGUCAUGACAGCUGCUGUUUGGAGGGGUCAUUCUACGUUUACGGAGUUCUAUCUCCGAUCUUUGUCGGGACAGUCUGACGGAUUGUAUUCUUUGGGCCCUCUUGUGGCUGCCCAGUCCGUUGUCUGUCCUCCCUCUUCUUUUGCAUAA